CGAGAGAGAGAAGAGACCCGGGGGGGGGGGGGGCUGAAAUCAAAAUUCAAACCUCCAACCCUCCCAACCCUUCACUUCUCUGCAUUUCCCACUCCAGAGUCCAGACCACUCCUUUUCCUUCCAUCUGACCACCUCUCCUCUCUCUCCCCUGCCGCGCAACACUGCCCUUCCUUCCCAAUAUUCCUUUCAAAAGCCACGCACCAUCCCGCCUCACUCUCGUCGUUCUCGUAUCCUACUUCCCUAACGCAUGAACCCGGAUUCGUUGACGCUUCCCACGUGAAUCGACCGCACGCUGCGGAGGUUCUGCUCCGUUUUGGCUGCCAAACAUGGCGGAGAUAUGCUGCGGAGUGGUGAGCGAGCGCAAGACCUCGGUCUCCUGUCGGCCGAGCCCGCGUCAGGGCAGAAGGAGGAGAGUGGAGAUCAGGCGAUUCAAGGUGGGUGCAGGCGAGGAGAAGCGCCCCAAACUCCGCCUUGCUCCUCGAGACUGUGAGGAUGCCGCGUACAACUGUGCCGUUGAUAUCCAGAAAGCCCUCGUGUUUCUAUCCCCCCACCGACAAACUUCGAGAGACUCCUUCAACCCGACGCAUUCUUCAGUUGUGGUUAGUCGCUGCCCGAAAUUUGGGGUUGCGUCGGUGUGUGGAAGGCGAAGAGACAUGGAGGAUGCCGUGGCUGUCCGUCCCUGGUUUUCCGGGGACCAUCAAUCCUCUGGUGAAUUUCAUUACUUUGCAGUUUACGAUGGCCACGGUUGCUCUCAUGUAGCGGCCAAGUGUAAGGACCGAUUACAUGAGUUAGUGAAAGAAGAGCUGGAGAAACAGGAUUGGCCCACGGCCAUGGAGCAAAGCUUGUCGCGAAUGGACCAGGAGGUCAUUGCUUGGAAUGCUAACGUCUUAGAAGCUGAUUGUAGGUGUGAGCUUCAGUCGCCCGAGUGCGACGCUGUUGGAUCUACGGCUGUCAUUGCUGUUUUGACCGCCGACAAGGUAAUCGUCGCCAACUGCGGCGAUUCGAGGGCCGUGCUCUGCCGUGGCGGCAAACCAAUCCCUCUCUCCUCCGAUCACAAGCCGGAUCGUCCGGACGAGCUGAACCGGAUCCAUGAAGCCGGAGGACGGGUUAUAUACUGGGAUGGACCACGCGUUCAGGGAAUGCUCGCUAUGUCAAGAGCCAUAGGUGACAAUUACUUGAAGCCUUACGUGAGCUGCGUGCCGGAGGUGACGAUAACAGAUCGGACGGCGGAGGAUGACUGUUUGAUACUGGCCACUGAUGGGUUAUGGGACGUGGUGUCGAAUGAGACAGCAUGCGGGGUGGCACGCACGUGCUUGCGCGGAAGCAACCACUCGCCACCGAACCCGGGGGCGGCGUUGGAGGGCGAAAUAGAAGGGGCUGCAACGGAGAUGUCUGACAAAGCGUGCUCUGACGCGUCAAUGUUGCUGACGAAGCUUGCUUUGGCCAGGCACUCCACUGACAACGUCAGCGUAGUGGUGGUGGAUCUAAGGAGGGGGGCCUGAAAUUAAUUAUUAAUUGAAGGACCAGAAAAAAAAAAAAAAAAUAGGACGGGGUUUGAUGUUGGGCAAAAGCCCGCGAAUUUGCAUCCUUUCGGCCCGCAACAUUAUUCUGUUCCCAGUGGCGCGUUGUUCUUUGAAUGAUGCAACUGCAAUGGAUUGAUCCGGUUCUCACUUCUCAGCGUCAAAUGCAGUAGCUCCCAAGUCCUAAUUUCAUUUCAAUUUAUGAGUUUUCUAUCGUCAUUGGAUGAUCCUCUUAGAGAACCAAAUCCCGAGCGCACAAGUCAAAGUGUUGAUGCAAUUGCGUAAUAGUUUGCUGAAAUUCUUGUUGAACCAGAGGCCAACCGUUUACAUCCAUGUUUACAUUUGUGUGUAUAAAAUGUAUAUAUAACAAGUAGAUGGAGCAUGACCUCUCUGUUAUGCGCAAGCCCAAUAUUUAAUUUUGUAUGAUAAAAUAUUUUGCUGGCCCAA